AAGAUCGCCAACAAAAUCAAAAAAAGUUCCGUGAUAAUCGUCGAGAAGCUCUUAAUUCAGCUGUUGUUGCUGACCCUAAUUUAAAAUCAAAACUGAAGAUCAAGGACUCUGGCAGUGCGGGUAGGCCUCGCCUCGAAGAAACACAGCCUUUGUUGUUGUCUGAAAUUGUCCGAAUCGCUAGGCAUGGAUCAGCGGCUCAUGAAAAGCGACAAGAUGAAAUCUAUCGUAGCAUCUUAACCUUGGAUGAUUUAACUGAGCAACUUACUAAAGACGGAUUUCACGUGAAAAGAUCAUCAGUGUACCUUGGAUUACAGCCUAAAAGGAGUAGUAGCCACCAAGGAAAGCGCCAUAUUGACACGGUUCCAGUGAGACUUAUUCGGGCUCAGAACGACUUUCAUAAAAGUCAUCCAGAUCAGAGACUGUGUCAAGCAACUAUACGUACCAUGGAUGAACUUGCAUCUCUUUUGGGACCGUCAGAAGUGUGCAACAUCUCUCAAGACGACAAAGCAAGAGUUGCUAUAGGGAUAACGGCAGCAAAUGUACAGGCCCCUAUGCUUAUGCACAUGCAGUAUCGGGUAAAACUUCCGGACCAUGAUUGGGUUGUCGCAGCUGGGCACAAGCUCAUCCCAUCUGUAUAUGCAGGCAUAGCUGUUGACAGAAAUGGCCUAGGAAUGCCCGGUGCUGUCGGAUAUUCAGGUCCAACUUAUGUCGCCAUUCGCUUCGGCAAACAUUGUUCUUCAACUGCUUUAAGUCAUUGUAUGGACUUUGAACGAUUAUUGAACCUCCCUGAAUUCAACUCUAUAACAAAAAGUUCAGAUGAGAGAGUGAAGCCGAUUGUUAUGUUCUCAGUUGAUGGGGGUCCUGACGAAAAUCCUCGUUACAACAAAGUAAUUGAAGUUGCAAUACAUCACUUUGUGUCACACGAUCUUGAUGCGAUUUUCAUCUUUACCAAUGCACCAGGCAGGAGUGCCCAUAAUCGAGCAGAGCGAAGGAGGGCCCCUUUAAGUCGCCCACUAUCUGGGUUAAUUCUUUCUCAUAAUUACUACGGGAACCACCUUGACGCAGCUGGUAAGACCAUUGAUGUGGACCUUGAAAAACAGAACUUUGAAAAAGCUGGGACUACUCUGGCAGAGGUAUGGAGCGAAGUAGUAUUUGAUGGAUAUCCUUGUGUUGCUGAAUAUGUGGAUCCGAAUUAUUAUGAAUUCAGUCAAAAUCGGCUCAACGUGAAAGAUCAGUAUUGGUUUUCGGAGCAUGUUCGCACGAGCCAGUACUUUACGCAAAUUGUUAAGUGUAAAAAUCUAAUGUGUUGUAUUAACGAGCCGAGAAGCUCAUACUUGGCCGUUGUUCCUACGCGGUUUAUUCCUCCUCCGAUUCCAUUGAUCCAAACUGACAAAGGGUUAAAAGCUUCUGAUCGAAGUGGCUUUGAAAGUCACGUCUUUCCUUCUUUAUUUUUAUCGCUCCAUCUUUCACGCGACUUAUUGCCUAAUUCAACUAAAGAAUUCCUAAAGAAUUCCUUACGCUCCCUUAUGAUCUUUACACACCCUCAGUUCAGUCGCAGUUAUUGGAUCGAAUUUGCCAAAAAUGUUCGCUUUAUUUUGCAUCGAAAGUUAUGCUGAAGAGUCACAUGAUUGUACACAAAAAGAAGACUCAAAGCGCAAGUGCAGUUGUUGAGAAAGAGUUCAUCGUCACAAGAACUAGACCUGUUCGCAUCGCAGCGAUGCGACAGAGAGAAAUGAUGGCUAUCAUUGUAUCAGGAUUCUGGAAUCCCACCAUUUGUCGAAAAGCCCUCGAUCUUAUCGUGCCCAGUUGUGACGCUUGAAGAGCAUUUUGAUAAUCCAUGGGAGAACGAUGAGUGAAUUAAAAAAUAAGUCAUAUCCUGCCUAUUAAAUUGUUUAUAACGCAGUUACACCCAGAAUCAAUCAAUAUUUGUGAGCAAAUUGUUGUUUCAUGUAAAAGUUAAACGGUUGCUAAAAUACAGUUUUUUAAACCCUUUA